UGCGGGCUGGGGGCUGUCGGGGGCUGCGGGCGGGCGCCGCCCCCAAUGGAUUCCCUCCUCUUCCUCUGCGCCCGCCGCGUCGUCGCCCACCGCCCCCUUCCCGCCCUUCCCGCCGAUCUCCACCCCGUCCUCUUCCAAGCGGCGUUCCUGGACGGAAGACCCCUGGUGCUGCGCGAUUUGGUGGCCGCUUGGCCUUUCCCGGUGCUCAACUUCCAGCGGCUGGUGGGGCGCCGGGAGCUGCUGCGCGACCAUCCCUGCAAGCUCUGCGUCCAGGCCGUCAUCCUGGCCGUGGUGGCGCAGCUCCGGCGGCAGCUGGAGGAGCCCGGACACGACGCCAGCCUGCGCGUUCUGGACAUCACCGGCCUCCCGGAUUCAGCGUCCGGCCGCGCUCCGGACGGGAUGAGCGUCUGGUCGGGCACGGUGGCUUUGGCCAAGGCUUGCGUGGAGGUGUCCAAGCACCAGCGGGAAUUCCAGCGGCGCGGAUCCAAGCGGCACAAAGGCCGCUCCGGGGCCGCCACGGCCGCGGCCGCUCCGCAGCCCCCGGGCGUGGACGUCCACGCCGACCUGUUCGUCAACGGGACGUCCUACGGGAUCCUGCGCGACGCGCUCCAGACCGGAUCCUCCGGCCCGCUGCGCCUCAAGUGCCGCGAGUUCCAAGCCGAGGAGCUCUCGGCGUCCGGGAUCGUGGCUUUGCUGGAAACUCUGGAUCCGUCCUUCCUGCGGAGGGUGGAUCUGAGAUUCAACAACUUGGGAUUGACGGGGCUCUCGGUGAUCCUGCCGCACCUCUCGCGCUUCCCGGAGCUGCGCAGCCUCAAGCUGCAGUACAGCAACGUGGACGUGCGGCGGCCCACGCCGGAAUCGGCCAUCGGGAUCCGCUGCCUGGCCGGGCAGCUGGGAAUGCUGCCCAGCCUCCGCGAGCUCAACCUGGGAUCCUCCCGGCUCUCUGGCAAUCUGCGCCAGAUCCUCUGCGACCUCCAGGCUCCGUUGGAAAGCUUGGAAUUGGCCUUCUGCUCCCUCGUUCCCGCCGACCUCGCCUUCCUCUCCCAAAGCUUCCACGCUCCGGCCCUCAAGCGCUUGGAUCUGAGCGGCCACGACUUCUCCCAGGGCCUCCUGGAGCCUCUGCGGCUGCUCCUGGAGGAAACCUCGGCCUCGCUGCUGCACCUGGAUCUCAUGGAAUGCCGCAUGGCCGACUCCCACCUGGACGCGCUGCUGCCGACGCUGCGCCGCUGCUCCCGCCUGCGCUUCCUGGGACUCUACGGCAAUUCCCUGUCCACGGCCGCGCUCAAGGAUCUGCUCCAGAAAACCCUGGAGCUGCCCGACCUCCACCUGGUCGUGUACCCCUUCCCCGUGGAUUGCUACAAGCCGGAGCCGCCGCCGGAAUCCGCUUGGAAUUUCGAGGAUCCGGUGGACGAGGAACUUUUGGCGGCGGCCGACGCUGAGUUUUGCCAAAUGUUGGCGAAUUCCGGCAGGACCGACCUCGUGUGGACCUCCAACCCCUACGGCCACGGAACCCUGGACUUCUUCUCCUUGUGAUUUGGGAAGAGCUUGGAGCCUCCAUGGUGGAAAAGCGCCGCCGCCUUAAUUCCAAAUCCUUCAUCCCAAAAUCCAAAUCCUUCAUCCCAAAAUCCAAAUCCUUCAUCCCAGAAUCCAAAUCCUUCAUCCCAAAAUCCGGGCGUUUUCCGCCUCAUCCCGGUGCUUUUCUGCCUCACCCCGGUGGUUUUUUCCCUUUAUUUCGGUGCUUUUCUGCCUGGUUUUUAUAUUUUUCCACCCCAUCCCGAUGUUUUGUGUUUUAUUUUAGGAUUUUUCCACCCCACCCCGAUGUUUUCCCGUCCAGUUUUGGUGUUUCCCCACCCCAACCCCAAAGUUUUUCCCAGAAGUUUUAUUGCUGUGUCCGGUGGGGAAAAGGCCUUGAAUGCCCUUAAUU